AUGCAAGAAGACGGCGACGGCGACGAGAAGAAAACACAGGCCGUUUACAACGCCGGCGAAACAAGUCCAGAGGUACCGCCCCCGGGGUUCGAAUUCGUGGACAAAGACGACGGCGGAAAUCCAGAAGGCUCGACCGGAGAGAAGAAGGACGCAGACGCCGACGACGAUAAGAAAACACCGACCGUUGAUGACGCAGGCGAGGACGGAAUACCAACCGAAGACGAAGCCGGCAGGGGUAGCCCGGGGUCCUCGGAGUUCGAAUUCGUAGAGAAAGAAGACGCCGGAAUUCCAGAAGGCUCGACCGGAGAGAAGAACGGCGUCGACGAGGAAGGCAUGGCGGCAUUAUUGUUCCCGGAUUGGGUGUUCGUGCAACCCGAAGCUGAAAACGACGCGUCGUUUCUCUCCUAUCUUGGCAGAGUGGCCGAUAUGAAGUAUGAUGAGCUCUCUCGAAAUCAUCCGCUGAUCAUGAACAUGCUUGUUCAGAUGGGUAAGGAAUUGGGAUAUCCCAUUCAAGGAGUUUUUGAGCUGCCUACUCUCUACCGGAACCUACGUGAUCUCGCCAAAAAACCAAAUAAAGAGGCGUUGAAUGAGCUUAGACGGUCUGCAGAGACCGUCGGAUCCGCCGUGUGUGGCUUCGCACUGAUCUGUUUAGCGCGGUGGGAAUUUUCAGUGAUGAAAGGCCUCAUUUACGUUUUGAAGCGAGGUUUGAUGGAGGCCCCAUUGAUGAAGGGCCCCAAGCAAAAAGUGAAGGCACUCGAGAUAUGGGAGACGGUGAAGACCUUGACCGGCUUGACCGACGUGAAGCGAGAGCGGUUCUCCGUCAAUGAUCUAUCCGACGAGGACAUCCGAACAAUUUUCCGAAGGCACGCCGCGCUGACACAAGGGGCUAAAGUGGCUAAGGCCGACUGGGUGCACUGUCCUCCGGUGAGCUCUGAAGGAGAGACCGUCGUCGGUCCGCGUGGUCAUGUCUUCUGGCUCGAUAAAACGUCCGCGGAGGCCAACCAUGAGGAUUGGGGAAGCUUGGUUCGGCCGGGCUUUGCCUUCUCGACUACGGAGGAGUUGUGGAGGAGGCUAUUCUCGAAAUGGCUACCGAGGGGAGAGCUAAGGAGAACAAUUCUUGCUGCACAAAGAAAUGAACACAGUGCCAAUGGUGUUGCAGCAGCAAGAGCUUUUGCGGAUGUAUGUGAAGGGCAAGAGGGACAACCUUCUAAACAACGAUUAUUGAUUGUAGCCAACAGAUUACCUGUCUCUGCAGUUAGGAAGGGUGAACACUCAUGGCAGCUUGAGAUGAUUUCAGGAUGGCUGACUGCACUUUUAGGUCUGAAAGAGUUUGAUGCCAGAUUGAUUGGUUGGGCUGGAGUGAAUGUACCUGAUGGUAUUGAAAAAAAAGCACUGACUGAAGCUUUAGCUGAAAAGAGGUGCAUCCCAGUGUUUCUUGAUGAAGAAAUUUUUGAUCAACACAAUGUUUAUGGUAACAACUUGUGGCCUCUUUCCCAUCAUCUUCGACUUCCACAAGAAGACCGCCUUGCAACCACCGACAGUUUCCAAUCCCACUUUGAUGCUUAUAAGAAGGCCAACCAAAUGUUUGCUGAUGUUGUUAACGAACACUACGAGGAUGGAGAUGUCAUUUGGUGCCAUGAUAGCCACCUAAUGCUUCUUCCUAAAUGUCUCAAAGAACAUAAUAGCAACAUGAAAGUUGGCUGGUUUCUCCAUACACCUUUUCCAUCAUCAGAAAUAUAUAGGACAAUAUCAUCUCGAUCAGAACUUCUGAGAUCUGUUCUCGCUGCUGAUUUGGUCGGAUUUCAUACAUAUGAUGAUGCAGAACAUUUUAUUAGUGCGUGUACUCAUAUUCUGGGUUCAGAGGGUACAUCUCAAGGAGUAGAGGAUCAAGGAAAGCUCACUCGUGUAGCUGCGUUUUCAAUUGGGAUAGACUCCGACCAAUUUAUGCAAGCUCUAGAACUCCCUAGAGUCCAGGAACGCAUGAAAGAAUUUAAGGAAAAAUAUGCUGGCAGAAAGGUAAUCUUGGGUAUUGAUCGCCUUGAUAUGAAUAAGGAAUUACCUCAAAAGAUCUUGGCAUUUGAAAAGUUCCUCGAGGAAAAUCCAAAUUGGCGUGAUAAAGUAGUCUUGCUACAAAUUGCUGUACCGACAAGAACCGAUGUGCCUGAGUACCAGAAGCUCACUAGCCAGGUCCAUGAGAUUGUAGGACGCAUUAAUGGGAAAUUUGGGACUCUCACUGCGGUUCCAAUGUAUCAUCUGGACCAAUCUCUUGACUUUCACGAAUUAUGUGCACUGUACGCUGUUACAGAUGUAGCGCUAGUUACAUCUUCGAGGGAUGGGAUGAAUCUUGUGAGCUACGAGUUUGUUGCUUGUCAAGCUUCAAAGAAAGGGGUUGUUGUUUUAAGCGAGUUUGUAGGUGCAGCAAAGUAUAUUGAUGCUGGUGCUAUAUUGGUGAAUCCAUGGAACAUCACAGAAGUUGCAGCUUCCAUAGAUUAUGCUUUGAACAUGCCAGCUGAUGAAAGAGAAAAGCGUCACCAUCAUAACUUCAUGCAUGUGACAACUCACACAUCUCAAGAGUGGGCUGCAACCUUUGUAAGUGAACUCAAUAGUACUAUUGCUGAAGCUCAAUCAAGGACGAAACAAGCCCCUCCAUUACUUACUACCAAAGGAUUAGUUGAGGAUUACUUUCCAUCAAACAAUCGAUUGCUUAUACUGGGAUUUAAUGCCGCUUUAACUGAACCAAAGGACAGCCUUGGGAGAAGGGGAGGUCAGGUUAGAGAAAUGGAGCUCAAGUUGCACCCAGAUCUAAAGGAACCUUUGGAAAAGCUUUGUAAUGACUCAAAGACAACAAUUGCUAUCCUUAGUGGAAGUGGCCAAAACGUCUUGGACUAUGACUUUGGUGACUACAACAUGUGGUUAGCAGCAGAAACUGGGAUGUGCUUGCGUCUUACAACGGGAGAGUGGAUGACGACUAUGCCAGAGAAUUUAAAAAUGGAUUUGGUUGAGAACGUAAAGCAUGUUUUUGAGUAUUUUUCAGAGGGAACCCCAACAUCUCAAUUUGAGCGUUGUGAAACUUCACUUGUAUGGAACUACAAAGAUGCAGGUGUUAAGUUCAGGAAUCUCCAAGCCAGGGAUGUGCUGCAGCAUCUUUGGGCAGGCCCAAUCCCAAAUGCAUCUGUCGAUGUUGUCCAGGGUGGUCAGUCUGUGGAGCAGGGUGCAGAUUUCUUGGGAGAAGUUGUUCUAAAUAACAAGGGCAUGAAGGCGCCAAUUGAUUAUGUUUUAUGUAUUGGCCGCUUUCUACCAAAGGUUGACGACCUUAAAUCGACUGACGACGUCCACACUCCUGUAAAAGGGCUAGAUGAAGGUGGAGAACCAAAGGAUGCCGACUCAGAAGGUGGUAAACAAAGCACGGAGAAUAUCUAGAUGAAAUUUAUGGCUUGAACAAUUUCAGACCCGCAGGACUUUGUUUUGUAUUUUGUAGGAAGAAAACCAAAAAUUGCACUUACAGUGGCUCAAAAUAAUGAUGCUCAGAAUUUUGCCGAAUAUUGUUAUUGUUUGGUUGCUUUAUUUUCUUUUUUCUCUUUGCA